GGCAGAGCUUAAUAUUUCAGCGGAGGGUCUGAGAGCUGCACUCUUCCUCACGGCCUCGCCCGUUUCCUGACCAGUGCUGCCAGUCCUCGAGGGAAGUGAUUUUGACGGGAACCAGUUACCAACAUGUCUAAAGUUAAAAUGCCAGCGGGGUUGGAGAAGACGGACGAGCACAUGCGUGCCUUUGCCGAGAAGGUGUUCGCGUCAGAGACGAAGGAUGAGGACACCAGGGAGGAGAUGUCUCUGUUUGACGUGGCAGAAGACUGCCCCAUCGUCCAGCACCAGCUCACCCAACACCUGCACACAGAGUCAACCGAGAACGCAGAGAAACGGAAGAAGCUGAUGAGCCGUGUGCACAUCGCUCCGACCCCCGCUGCCAAGCCUGAGGUGUCCCACGCAGUGGACCUGGAGACACCCCUCUACCUGGAAGUGCCAGAUUUCCAGAGAGUCGCCAUUAUUGGGGAUUAUGCAUCAGGGGUAACGCUGGAUGAGUUUGAGCUGUCCUGUAAAGGCCUGUAUCGAGCCCUAUCCAUCAGAGAGAAGUAUAUGAGGAUGGCUUUUCAGCGCUUUCCCAACGUCGUUUCCCAGUAUUUGCGCGAUGUGGAGGGUGAGGUGUGGAAGAGUGAGGAUCAGGUGCUGCCAGUGUUUACACCCCCACCCAAAAAGGGAGAGGACCCCUUCUGUUUCAAAUCCCUGCCUGAGAACCUGGGUUAUGUGGCCCGGAUGCGGGAUGGUCUCAUCUAUGUUUACAAUAACGAGGAGGCUGCCAACAAGCAUGAGGCCAAGGACCUGCCCAAGCCUGACUACAACACCUUCAUCGAUGACAUGAACUUCCUCAUUGCCUUGAUUGCACAGGGACCUACUAAGACGUACUGCCACCGUCGUCUGAAGUUCCUCAUGUCCAAGUUCAACGUCCACGAGAUGCUGAAUGAGAUGGAAGAGUUAAAAGAGCUGAAGAAGAACCCACACAGGGAUUUCUACAACUGCAGGAAGGUAGACACCCACAUCCACGCAGCCGCCUGCAUGAACCAGAAACACCUGCUGCGCUUCAUCAAGAAGUCUUACCGCGUGGACGCCGACCGCGUGGUUCAGGUGGUCAAUGGCAGAGACGUGACCAUGAAGGAGCUGUUCGACAGCCUGAAGCUGCACCCCUAUGACCUCACCGUGGACUCGCUGGACGUGCAUGCUGGCAGACAAACCUUCCAGCGCUUUGACAAGUUCAAUGCCAAGUACAACCCUGUGGGUGCCAGCGAGCUGCGAGACCUGUACAUGAAGACUGAGAACCACAUCAAUGGGGAAUACUUUGCAACUAUCAUUAAGGAAGUGGCCAGUGACCUUGAGGAUGCCAAAUACCAGUAUGCUGAGCCCCGCUUAUCCAUCUAUGGCUGCAACCCGUCUGAGUGGGUCAAGCUGGCCGGCUGGUUCAACAAGCACCGUGUUUUCUGCCCCAACCUCAAGUGGAUGAUCCAAAUUCCCAGGAUUUAUGACAUCUUCCGGGGCAAGAACUUUGUGCCACACUUUGGGAAAAUGUUGGAGAAUAUCUUCCUCCCAGUGUUCCAGGCUACUAUUGAUCCCCAAAGCUACCCAGAGCUCAGCAUCUUCCUCAAACAUGUAACUGGGUUUGACAGUGUGGAUGACGAGUCCAAGCACAGUGGACAUAUGUUCUGUUCCAAGAGCCCCAAGCCAGAGGAGUGGGACAUUGCCAAAAACCCGUCCUACACCUACUACAUCUACUACAUGUAUGCCAACAUUAUGGUUCUGAACCAGCUGCGCAAGCAGAGGGGGAUGAACACCUUCCAGUUCAGGCCUCACUGUGGAGAGGCCGGAGCUAUCACUCACCUGCUGGCCUGUUUCAUGACCGCCGACAACAUCUCUCACGGACUCAACCUGAAGAAGAGCCCAGUCCUGCAGUAUCUGUACUUCCUGGCCCAGUUACCCAUUGCCAUGUCCCCACUCAGCAACAACAGCCUCUUCCUGGAGUAUGCCAAGAACCCUCUCCUUGAGUUCCAAAAGAAGGGGCUUGUGGUGUCUCUGUCCACCGAUGACCCUAUGCAGUUCCAUUAUACCAAGGAGCCACUGAUGGAGGAGUACGCCAUUGCGGCUCAAGUGUUUAAGCUCAGCACCUGUGACAUGUGCGAGAUCUCCAGGAACAGUGUUCUGCAGAGUGGUCUAUCUCAUGAGGAGAAGGUCAAGUUCCUGGGCACUGACUAUCUGAAGGAGGGCCCAGAGGGCAACGACAUCCGCAAGACCAACGUAGCUCAGAUCCGGAUGGCCUACCGCUACGAGACCCUGUGUUACGAACUCAACCUCAUCAAGGAGGGGGUCAAAUCUGAGUGAAAGUGUCAUACGCUCCUCCCAGCCCAUGGCACAACAUAGGCUACCUGAGGGGGAUGGCUGGGUAGCUUGUGCUGGAACAUUAAUGUUUCCAUUCGCUACUCCAAAAUUCAACCCAUGAUUCCACUUUCAUAUUCAAAGCAAUAAAGGAUUUUCAAGCAA